AUGGAGAAUGAGGAUUCGCCCCAGCUGCAGGAUGAGGCACUUUUGGAAGCAGCAGGAAUCAGUGGACAUGCUCUCGGUCCUGCCACCUUCUCACUGCACACACUUCAACGUUCAGACAAUCUGGAAAGGAGACCUGCCAUGCAGCACUGUCCAUGCCAUGGCUCUUCCUGUGGCCUCAUUUCUAGGAGCUUCCAGGGACCAUACCGUGGCCCAGGACCACAAACCAAGGUCAGCCCUGUGUCCUCAUCAUGCCAGGCCUGGGAGGAGCCACGCUCAUCCGUGUCCUGUCUGCUUCGGAAGCCCUCCCUGAUCACUGGUCUCUUACUCACCCGUGCUUGUCUCUGAUCUGUUGGCCUCUGUCCCCUGGCCUCUGAUCUGUUGGCCUCUGUCUGA